AUUUUUCCCUAUUCAAUUUUUUUGUUUUAAUAACUUUUAGCUGCGACGCGUUUUUCUUCCUUGCGAUACAUACAGACCAUGUUCACUGAACAGGAUAUUCUUCAGUUUAAACAACAAUUGCAACAAGCAAUCUUGAUCUGUCACGAGCACUGCUUAUACGAUUCCACCAAAUGGGCAACAGAAAUUUUAGACGGCAUUCCGGAACACAUAAUAAGCAAUGACCGAGACUUUACAGUCAAGUCCAAUCUGUUUGUGCUCACGACCGCUUCUGAUCAAACAGUAGUACUAACAGCAACAGAGUAUGACAAAUACCAACGUGCUCAAGUACUCUUUGAACAGUCGCAGUUCGAUAAUGUAGCAGCAACUUUAAAAGGUUACUCAUCACCCAAACUCCGGUUCUUGAGGCUAUAUGCAACCUAUUUGGCAGGCGAAAAACAUAAAGAGGAAGCUACACAGGAGAUACUAGGUCCAACGGAAACUUGGUCAAAGACAAAUGAAGCAUUGGAGGGCAUUUAUCAAGAGUUACGGCCGUUAAAAGAUAGUCUGGAUGCGUUUAAUCUAUAUCUGUACGGGGUCGUUCUGCAUAAACGUGAUUUGGAACGAGAGGCCGCUGCAGCACUGAUAGAAUCCGUCAAAAUGUAUGAAUUCAACUGGUCAGCAUGGAUGCAAUUGGGUACACUGGCAUCAACACAAAAACAGUUUUAUUAUCUAAAAGAACGUCUGGAUCAAGAAUUGCCCAUCAGUAUUGUUAAGAACUUGUUCUUAGCCCGAUUAGCGCUUGAGAUUCAGCUGCCACCGAGCGUGUUUUGGAGAAUCAUGCAACCGCUUGAAGUUCACUUUAAAAAAAGUAUCUACAUCAAGUCGCAAUUGGCAAUGGCUUUUUAUAACUCUCUUGAGUAUGAUAAGGCCGAGAUACUCUUUGACCAGAUCAGACAAGAAAAUCCAUACCGACUUGAAGACAUGGAUGUGUAUUCAAACCUGCUUUAUCUUCAAGGCUCUCGAGAAAAGCUGAGUGUGCUCGCGCAUGAAUGUAUACAGAUUGAUCAGUAUGAACCAGAGACGUGCUGCAUCGUCGCCAACUACCACAGCGCCACGGGAGAAAUUGCCGAGUCUGUAAAAUAUUUCAAGAGGGCACUGAAACUCAAUCGAAGCUAUCAUCUUGCAUGGACGUUAUUGGGUCACGAUUACAUCGAGCUGAAAAACACAAAUGCUGCAAUAGAGUGUUAUACUAGAGCCAUAGAAAUCAAUAGUCGAGAUUACCGUGCCUGGUAUGGAAUUGGUCAGGCGCACGAAAUGCUGGGUCAACCAGAACAUGCGCGUCGUCAUUAUUACGAAGCUGCUAAGCUCAGACCUGAUGAUGGGCGGAUGUGGAAAGCGCUUGGAGGAUGUUAUAGUCUUUUGCAUCAAGACGACAAGGCCUUGGAGUGCUAUGAACGAGCUGCUGCACUUGAUGCAUGAAAGUAAACCCAUUAAAAUUAGAAAAGGGAAAUAGUAGAGGCAAAGCCACGAUAAUUUGAUUACCUAGUAGACGAUAAAAUGUACAACAGGUCUGGGAAGCUCUUCUUUUUCCCUAGUACAAUUGUAAAUAAACAUGUUCACACAAUGUGGGCUUAUACAAUAAGACCAUAAGAAGCAAU